GACCGCCGGCGCCGGUAUCUGGGCGGCCUGGCUGGCGCCGUGCGCCGUCCUCGCCGGCACCUCCGAGGCGAAGCGGACGGCCGAGACCACGGGCUCCUCCACGCUGCUGCUCGGCGUCAUCAUCGGCUGCCUGGCCAGCACGGCGCUCUUCCUCUGCGUCUGCUACCUGCGGGCCAAGGCGGCGGUGCUCACCGAGGCAGACGGCGCGGCGCCCUCGGGCCCGCCGCGGGCCGCUCCCGAGGGCGGCUCGGGCGGCGCCGUGGUGGGCGCUGCGGCCGGCACGGGCUCCAUGGCGUCGCCCGCCGGGCCGGCAGCCAGCACGCGGGCCCCCCACGGGAGAUCGCUGGCUCCGCUGCCCAGCGCGCGGGGCGUGGCGCCCGCGGACAUACAGCGGGGUGCACCCGAAGGCAGCGCUGGUGGCGCCGUGAUGGGCGCUGCGCCUGGCCGUGGCACCCCGGCGUCGUCUGCCAGGUCGGCGGCCAGGUCUGCUGCCCCGCGCGGGAGAUCGGCAGGUCUUGCAGCUGACGCAUGGGGCGCCGUGCCUACGGGCCCGCAACCGGGGGCAUUUGGAGGCAGCGCUGGUGGAAGUAUGGUGGGCACUGCGCUGAGCACAGGCUCCACGGCAUCAUCUGCCAGGUCGGCGUACGCGAGAGGGAUACCCAAUGCGUGGGGCGUUGUGGCCCCCCUUCCUUCCGCGAUCCUGGGGCGAGCUCCCGUGCCUACGCGACCACAGCCCGUGCCCGAAGGCGUCGCCAGCGGCGUCAUAGUGAGCGAUGCUGCGAGCACAGGCUCCCGAGGAUCGAGCACGGUCUUCACUGGGGCCCAGUCUGGGAGGUCGCUGGUCCAAGCACCCAGCGUGCGGGGCACCUCCGUGGGCAGCGCUGGCGGCGCCGUGGUGGGCGCUGCGUCCAGCACAGGCUCCCGAGGAUCGAGCGCGGUCUUCACCGGGACCCAGUCUGGGAGGUCGCUGGCCCACGCGCCCAACUCGUGGGGCGCAGCGUCCUCGGGCCCGCAGCUGGGCGCCUCCGCAGGCGGCGCAGGCGGCGCCAUGGUGGGCGCUGCGGCCAGCACGGCCUCUUCAGCGUCGGCCAGGUCCGCGGCCAGCUCUCGGGCCCCUUACCGUGUCGUCGCCGGCCCCAGCGGUCGCUUGCAUGCUGUCUUCCCAGUGAGCAGUCGCCAGCCCUAG